GCGCCGCUGCUUGUGGGGCUCGCGCUGCUAGUAGUCGGGCCGGCCCCGGCGCGGGCGCUGCACAACGUCACGGCCGAGCUCUUUGGGGCUGAGGCCUGGGGCACAGUAGCGGCCUUCGGAGACUUCAACUCCGACAAGCAGACGGACCUCUUCGUGCUACGGGAAAGAAAUGACUUAAUCGUAUUUUUGGCAGACCAGAGCGCACCCUAUUUUAAACCCAAAGUAAAGCUAUCCUUGAUGAAUCACAGUGCAUUGAUAACCAGUGUAGUCCCUGGGGAUUACAAUGGAGAUUCACAAAUGGAUGUCCUUCUGACAUAUUUUCCCAAAAACCAUGCCAACAGUGAUUUGGGAGCUGUUAUCCUCUGGGGACAAAAUCAAACAUUAGAUUCUAACAAUAUGACCAUACUCAAUAGGACCUUUCAAGAUGAACCGCUAAUUAUGGACUUCAAUGGUGAUUUAAUUCCUGAUAUAUUUGGUAUCACAAAUGAAUCCAACCAGCCACAGAUACUGUUAGGAGGGAAUUUAUCAUGGCAUCCUGCGUUGACCACUGAGAGUAAAAUGCGAAUUCCACAUUCUCAUGCGUUUAUUGAUCUGACUGAAGAUUUCACAGCCGAUUUACUCCUCACUACACUGUCUGCCUCUGGUAGCUCCCAGUUUGAGAUAUGGAAAAAUUUGGAUGGAAAUUUCUCUGCCAGUAGUAUACUUGAAAAACCUCAAAAUAUGGUGGUGGUUGGACAGUCGGCAUUUGCAGACUUUGAUGGAGACGGACAUGCAGAUCACUUACUGCCAGGCUGUGAAGAUGAAAACUGCCAGAAAAGCACCGUCUACUUAGCAAAAUCCGGAACGAAGCAGUGGGUUCCAGUGCUACAGAAUUUCAGCAAUAAGGGCACCCUCUGGGGCUUCGUGCCGUCUGUGCGUGAACAGCGACCAGCUGAGAUAUCAAUUCCACUUACGCUUCACAUUGGGGACUACAACAUGGACGGCUAUCCAGACGCUCUUGCCAUACUGAGGAAUACAUCUGGAAGCAACCAGCAGGCCUUCCUACUGGAGAACGUCCCUUGUAACAAUGCAAGCUGUGAGGGAGCCCAUCGUAUGUUUAAAGUCUACUGGGACCUGUCGAACCUGAAUCAAAUCAGAGACGCCGUGGUUGCUACCUUCUUUGACAUUUACGAGGAUGGUAUCCUGGACAUCGUGGUCCUGAGUAAAGGGUAUACAAAGAAUGAUUUUGCCAUCCAUACACUGAAAAAUAACUUUGAAGCAGAUGCAUAUUUUGUUAAAGUCAUUGUUCUCAGUGGUCUCUGUUCCAAUGACUGCCCUCGUAAGAUAACGCCCUUUGGAGUGAAUCAGCCAGGACCAUAUAUCAUGUACACAACUGUAGAUGCAAACGGGUAUCUGAAAAAUGGUUCAGCUGGACAGCUCAGCCAGUCAGCGCAUUUAGCUCUACAACUACCAUACAGCGUACUUGGUUUAGGGCGAAGUGCAAACUUUUUAGAUCAUCUUUAUGUUGGUAUUCCCCGUCCAUCUGGAGAGAAGACUAUACGAAAACAAGAGUGGACUGCAAUCAUUCCAAACUCCCAACUAAUCGUCAUUCCGUACCCUCACAAUGUUCCUCGAAGCUGGAGUGCCAAACUGUAUCUCACCCCAAGUAACAUUGUUCUGCUCACGGCUAUAGCGCUCAUCGGCGUCUGUGUUUUCAUCCUGGCAAUCAUUGGUGUUUUACACUGGCAGGAAAAGAAAGCAGAUGAUAGAGAAAAACGACAAGAAGCCCAUCGGUUUCAUUUCGAUGCCAUGUGAACUGCCUUUCAUAUGACAGAAUGGAACUGCUGUUCAUCUAGUUAACUGAAACACUAAAUUCUGGCUUAUAGAAGAAAUUAGGGGAUUGUUUUGAAUGUUGUUUAUAAAUGAUGCAUCUUUUGUUAAUUAUUGGAAAGUAUUCAAAUAAAUAUGCUCUGAAUGUGCCAUAGGUCUUUUUUUUUUUUUUUAAGCACUUUGUAUAAAAUAAUUUGGGUUCUUUAUUCAGUGGUGGUGUAGAUUUUUGUCCCUUUGUGGAAUGUGUUGCAUGUACCCAGGUGUUUAUGUAUUGAAAAUCUUGUUAGAAUAAUGAUGAUGGAAAAAGGUAUGUGUAAAUAAAAAUACUAAAAUGAG